CUGCCGUGCCGGAGGCAGCUGCAGCAGAUAAGCUUGUUUCGUCGUCGCUCUUCCUCCAAUAGCAGUUGCACUUGUCUCCAAACAAAAAGGGAAUCGCAAGUCCCUUCAAAGUGGGGACAGCGCUCGGAGGUUCCAACGCCGCAUUCAUGGGGUCGUCCCUGGAGGAGCAGCAGAUCCUGCUGGUGCGCGCGACGCAGCCGGAGAAUUUUGAUGAAUACACAGGCGAUGGCUCAGUUGAUUUCAGGGGUCACCCUAUUUUAAAGCAUAAUACAGGCAAUUGGAGAGCAUGCUCAUUGAUUCUCGGAACUGAAGUGUGUGAACGUUUGGCUUACUAUGGGAUCUCAAAGAGUUUGGUUACUUACCUUUCAACAAGACUACAUCAAGGCAAUGUCUCUGCAGCUAGAAACUUCACAACCUGGCAAGGAACUUGUUACCUCACACCACUUAUUGGAGCAACCUUAGCAGAUUCAUACUGGGGAAAGUACCAGACUAUUGCUGUUUUCUCAACAAUUUACUUUUUGGGGAUGGCAGCAUUGACACUUUCAGCAUCAGUUCCUUCUCUCCAGCCCCCUCAAUGUAUUGGAUCUUUUUGUCCACAACCAGCCUUACCACAGUAUCUGAUAUACUUUAUUGGACUGUACAUGAUUGCUUUAGGGGCUGGAGGUAUCAAGCCAUGUGUUUCAUCCUUUGGUGCUGAUCAAUUUGAUGAUACCGAUCCAGUUGAGAGAACAAGGAAAGGCGCUUUCUUCAACUGGUUUUAUUUCUCCAUAAACAUUGGUUCAUUGAUCUCUGGCACGGUUCUUAUUUGGGUACAAGAAAAUUGUGGAUAUAGUAUUGGAUUCGGAAUCCCUACUUUCUUCAUUGCCUUGGCGAUUGGAAGCUUUUUUCUAGGCUCGGAGAUAUAUAGAUUUCAGAUACCUGGAGGAAGUCCGUUUACCAGAGCAUGUCAGGUAGUUGUUGCAGCCAUUCGCAAACGAAAUGUUGAUUUGCCAGUUGAUAGUUCUCUUCUCUAUGAGUGCCAUGGUAAGACGUCAGCGAUCGAGGGGAGUCGCAAGCUGGAGCACAGCAGGGAAUUCAGUUUCCUUGACAAAUCUGCAGUCAUUUUGUUGAGUGAACAUGACGGUUGUCAUAAUCCUUGGAGGCUUUGUACUGUCACACAGAUUGAAGAGCUCAAAAUACUGAUCAGGAUGUUUCCAAUCUGGGCAACAGGCAUCGUGUUCUUCACUGUGUGUGCUCAAAAUUCAUCCAUGUUCAUAGAACAAGGAAUGGUCCUCAACAACAAAGUUGGAUCUUUUAAAAUCCCGCCAGCCACCCUCUCAUCCUUGGACGUGAUCAGCAUUGUUGUUUGGGUCCCUAUCUACGAGAGGUUCAUUGUGCCGCUAGCCAGGAAAUUGACCGGUAAGGAGAGGGGCCUCUCGGAACUUCAGCGCAUGGGGAUCGGUCUAUUUGUGUCGACCAUCGCUGUGGCAGUUGCAGCAUUAGUCGAGAUUAAGCGUCUAGAGAACGCGAGAUCAGAGGAUCUGAUCCAUGAGAAGGUGCCUGUUCCCAUGAGCAUUCUUUGGCAAGCUCCUCAGUAUCUGCUGAUCGGUGUUGGUGAGGUGUUCACGUCCAUCGGGCAAGCCGAGUUCUUCUACAACCAGUCUCCUGAUUCCAUGAGAAGCAUGUGCUCUGCUUUUGCCCUCGUCACCGUGUCUCUCGGAAGUUAUCUAAGCUCGUUCAUACUGACCCUAGUGUCAUAUUUCACGACGCGAGGGGAACAGAUGGGGUGGAUCCCUGAUAACCUUAAUGAAGGCCAUCUUGACCGCUUCUUCUGGCUCGUAGCAGGCCUCAGCUCUCUGAACUUCCUUGCUUUCAUUUAUUUUGCACAGCGAUAUAAGUGCAAGAAAGCUUCUGUACUUUAAUAUAUUGCUUCUGUUUCAUUUUCUCUUUGCUAUUGUUUAUUGUGCAGUGAGAUGUAUGUAUAUUUCUUAAGUCAACCAGCUGCAAUGUACAGUCUUUUGUAAUGUACUGUUGCAACUUGCAUCCUCUAUGAUGCUUGGAUGGAUUACUCUCUCUCUGUUUUUUGUAACUUUGACAGUGAGAAUAGUUUACUCUUUA